UGGGGCUAUGCACGCAUAACAUGCGGACAUGAUUCUUCAUUCCUUUUCAGGUACAGUUCACCUUAUCACGACCCAAAGGAUUGGCUCACACUAACAUUCAAGAGGGAACAAGUUUUCAAUGUGGUACUCGGGCUCAGCGUGAUGGACUUUGCUAAAAUGCAGCUUUUUGCUUACAACGUCUGCAGAGGGAAGUGUUGUCUUGCCGAAUUUCCCAGUAGUAAUUUUCAUACAUGUAUUCUCGAAGAUUCUUCCCUGAAUUCGACAGCCCGAUUUGAUCUUGGUAUUUUUGAGAUGAUGCAUAGCUGUCCUGCUGGUGUCAUGGAAUUGGCUGGCAUCCCGAAACAAUGCUUGUCUCAGCUAUCGGCAUGGGAUACCAUCACUACCGUCUACUUGGAAUGGAGAAACGAUCCCAGUUUCGUACCUGUUUACACCUUGCAGGCUGGAUGUUUGCCAAUAUUUGUGAAUACUCUGAACAGAGCUUGUUCAAUGGCAUAUUUCCAGAUUUCCUCGUCUGCACAAUCUGAUCCAGCAUACCAGAACGUAAUAAUGCCUGAGUAUCUCAAUAUUGAUCCUGAUAAGACUGACUACUUCCUAAUGAAUUGCAAUGAAUUCACGGAGUCGACACGGCCCACACUGCUUUCCAUACAUCAUGUUGGAGGAUCCGCCAUCUCGACUCCACGUCCGCUUAGCAAUGAAUUCGAACAUGUAGUUUCCAAAGGUGCCAAGGGAGUGAUUCUUUUCUCUCUCGGCUCGUUGGUGAAGUCGAGCGAUAUGCCCGUGGCUGUUCGUAGAGCUUUUACUGAAGCUUUCCAAUCAUUCCCGGAAUACGUUAUCAUUUGGAAAGUUGACAGAGUGUCAAACGUCACUUACUCAAAUAUCGUCUACUACGAUUGGGUUCCACAAGUGGAUCUUUUAGCUGACGGACGAGUGAAGCUGCUCAUAACUCAUGCUGGUAUGAAUUCCAUCCAAGAAGCGGUUCUGUUCGGUGUUCCAAUGGUGACUGUUCCUCUCUUCGCUGACCAGUACACAAAUGCAGCAGUGGCAAACGAACGUGGCUUUUCGGUCACUUUGGAUAAACUAUUCCUCUCAAAAGAAGUUAUCGUGGAAGCCAUCAGCACCGUACUUGGAAGUAACGGGGAAAGCAGUUAUACGAAGCGAGUACGGCAAGCAGCGCGACUUCUGAGAGGAAGUCCCGAAGAGAUGCGGAGAAAAAUCAAGCGCUUGGCACGAGUGUCCGGUUCGGAACCUCCACUCAACCAUUUGAAGCUCGACAUAGGUCAUCUUAACAAUUUCCAAUACUAUAACAUUGACGUAUACCUUUUCUUAUGUCUAACGUUUUCUUUUUCCAUAAUAAUGUUUUAUUACUUCACUGCAUGGGUUGUUCAUUCCAUUUUGUGUUCGAGAAAAGAGAAAUUUGAGUAG